AUGGACCCAGUAAGUAGAAAACUUUCACGUGAAUUGGUGGCUGAUUUAAUAGCUAAAAAUGAACCUGACGUAGAAAUUAUUAGUCUGGAUGAGGAACCAGGUUCUAAACGAGGUGAUAAUUAUACGUCUAUGUUAUAUCGUCUGAGAGUGAAUGGUCGAAAACGAUUGAAAAUAAAUGAAUGGAUACCAUGGGAUACUUCAUUAAUUUACAAAGUUUUACCAGAAUCUAAAGCCCGUCGUGAUGCUUACAAGAGUGAAUUACUCUUCAGGAAUGAAGUAGCAUUUUACAACAGAGUUUGGCCAGCUUUAAAUGAAUUACAGAAAAAGAAAAAAGUCUUUAAUGGAAUCGUUAAAGUAUAUAUGGCUAAAUCUAAUCUUAUCAUUAUGGAAGAUUUGAAGAGAAAAGGCUACGUGAUGGCUGACAGACGCAAAGGUUUAGAGUUAAAUCGUCUAAAACUUGUCUUAAAAGCACUUGCUGGAUUUCAUGCGUUAAGUUUAGCACUUCGUGAACUAAGAUCAGAAGUGUUCAAGCAACUAACCGAUGAAAAUAAUAAUGAAAAUGCAACCGAAGGAUUAUUUCGAAGUGAAAAUGAAGAUUGGUAUCGAAAUUAUUACCGAGUUGCAGCUAAAAAUGCUAUUGUAAUGGUAUCAGAAGCUUUACCUGCUGAUCAAGAACAGAAAAGAAAUAAUAUUUUAGAAAAACUUGAAUCUUUUCUUCAUGAAGACGUAUUUUUUCGUUCUAUGUGUGAAUUAGCAUCUAGUCAAGGACCUUUCACAGUUUUUUGUCAUGGAGAUUGUUGGACGAAUAAUUUUUUAUUUUCAAAUGACUCGGAAACACAUUCAGAAAAAGUUUAUCUGGUUGAUUUUCAAUUAAUUCGCGUUGGUUCAUUGGCUCUAGACUUAGUCAAUUUCUUAUAUUGUUGCACCACUGGUGAAAUAAGACAACUUCAUAUGACUUCUCUGCUUCUACAUUAUCAUUCACAUUUAAUGGAAGCAUUACAAAUACUAAAUCCACACAAAAGUAGAGAUCCAUUAGCAACAUGGGAAUUAUUAAAUGAAGAAAUUCGAAGAUGUGGACGAUUUGGAUUUGGAAUGGCAUUAGACAUACUGCCAUUGAGUACAUGUGACAGUGAUAAUGCUCCAGAUUUAUAUGAAACAGCUAGUGGAAAUAGUGAGGAAACACAAAAACUAAGAGCUCCUUCUCCAGGAGGUGCUGAGUGUGCACGUUUAAUGACCGACGUAGUACUUGAAUUAAUUCAAAACCGUGCUCUCUGAUUUUAUCCAAACAUAUAAUCUAUGAAUAAUUAAUAUAAAACAAAAUAAUAUAUAUUUAACUAUAGAAAGGGAUUAAGAAUUUAAAGAAGCAAUAUUUACUGUUAAAAAAGAUUAUGUAUCCUUAAAAGAAAAUAAAUAAAACUAUGUAUCAUUAAGAACAAUAUAAUAAUAAUAUAUAGUAUCAAUACUGUUAAUGACAAUUUAAAUCAAUUAGUAACAAUAAAGUGAUAUUAAAUAUCAUAUUAUAUGUAGAAUGACUAUUAAUUGUUAUAGAUAAC